CCCGGAGCCACAGCAAACGUAAGAUACGGAGGAGGAAGCCAAAUGCUGAAAGAGCAACUUUGAUUCGUCCAUCAUAAAUCUCCUAAAUGAAACCCUACUUGUGAUUCGUCCAAAGUAGACCAAAGCCCCCGUGAGCUGGAUGGAGUGCGAGGUGUGAGUCCGGGUAAGGAACCUGAGAGCCAGUAAGGAAGCACACUUGAUCUUGUCACGGACACGCUUAGCACACCUGGAACCGCCGUCGGCCCUGCUGACAUGCUUCCGUGUUUUAGACGAUCUCGUAUGGGCUUGAGGUCUCACAGCAGGAACCCCCUCACACUGCAUUCGGAGAUAGGAUUUCCCACUGAACCUGAAGUCCGCCAACUGGCUAGAUUAGCUAGCCAGUGAGCGCCAAGGCCCUCCUUUCCCCAUAUCCUAGUGCUGGGAUCACAGAUGGACACCCCUGCCUUUAUUUCAUGCUUAGAGUCUCUUUUCCAGUAAGCUUACAACGGAACACCUCAGUCUAUUUCCAUUGUAUUCAAAUCAUAAGGAUGGCUGGCAUGGUGCUGGGAGUGGGUGCUGGCGUGUUCCUCCUCGCUCUGAUCUGGGUGUUGGUGCUGCUGCUGUGUGUGCUGUUAUCCAGAGCCUCUGGGAUAGCUAGGUUCUCCAUUGUCUUUGUCUUCCUUGGUGCUCUGAUAAUCACUACAAUUCUUCUGCUUUUCCCUCGAGCCAGUGAAUUCCCAGCCCCAGAGAUGGAAACGAAGAUUGUGGAUGCCUUUUUCAUCGGCCGCUAUGUCCUGCUGGCUUUCCUCAGUGCAGUCUUUCUUGGAGGCCUCUUCUUGCUUCUUACUCAUCAUGUGCUGGAACCAAUCUAUGCCAAACCACUGCGGUCCUGCUGAGCAUGGUAACGGAAACAUGGGACAUUUUGAUGCCAUGGAUGAGCACAAAGGUACGCUCUGGAGCAGUGAUGACGACCUUCAUGUCUUCAGACCAGAGGCAUGACUGCUGGUCACUAAGACAAACCUCUUGAGCCCUGGCUUUCAGAACUCAGCAGCAAACAGACUCUGGGUGUAGACUGUCACCAUCUGAAGACGGAUCCAUCCGACUGUCUUCUCGGUACCCAUACUCCAGGACUUCUGUCUGAAUGGGAAGUAGUGACAGUGGUCUGCUUGGGGUAGAUGUUCAGUCAAGCCAUCAGUAGUGGAUCUGGGGAGAAGAAGGCUCUGUAGACCAACAGAAGAACCUGGUCCUUUUGUUUGGAAGAGAAAGGCAUUCAGACACGAAAGGCUGCUUUACUGCGAUAGCUUAGAGGUUGUGUUUGGCAGCAGUUAGUGGCCACUCCUUAUGUAAUUCCACAGAGCUCUAGAAAGUGAGUGGCACUUGCCAGCGUUCUGAUAAAGCAAUGAACAGCUA